CCAUCACAUGAUCUUGUUUUUUUGAAAAUGGCGACAGGGUUCAGGAAGGGUGUCUUUAUUUUGUCGCUUCUUGUGUGUAUUUUCACAUAUGCUGAUUGUAAAUCCAUUGGUUUUAAAGUGGCAUCUACUCAGGGACAGCCAUGGCCAUAUCCAAGAAGUUACAACACAAGUAGCAAUGUUAACAUCCUCAACAGCGCGUCAUUUCAGUUCGUUCCUCAACUGGCCUCUUGUGAUAUUUUGAGAGAUGCGUUUGCUCGCUACCCUCGCCUUAUCUUUGGGAAGUAUGUCGGCAAAGGGGACAAGAGCCUGAAAUUUCAGCCCAAAUUACGAAACAUAUGGGAAAGGAAGAAACAUCAGUUCGAAGAAGAAAUAAGCGAAGUUGGUGUUGCUGUGCAACAGUCAUGUGAGGGUCAAUAUCCCAGCCUGGAAUCAGAUGAAUCAUAUAGAUUAACUAUAAGUGAAGGAAAGAUUUUGAUUGAAGCAGCACAAGUAUGGGGGGCUGUAUGGGGCAUUGAAACUUUUAGUCAACUUGUAUACCGUCUAGAUACAGGAGAGUUUGUGGUGAAUGAUACAAACAUAUAUGAUGCUCCUCGAUUUGCACAUCGUGGACUUCUCCUGGACACAUCUCGACAUUUCCUUUCAAAAGAGUAUUUACUUCGGAACUUAGAUGCAAUGGCUCAAAACAAGCUGAAUGUGUUCCACUGGCACAUUGUAGAUGACCAGUCAUUUCCAUUUCAAAGCAGGAACUUUCCUGACCUGAGUAAUAAAGGUGCAUUUUAUCCUGAUAGUCACAUAUACACUCCAACAGAUGUACAGGAGGUAAUUGAGUAUGCUAGACUGCGAGCCAUCAGAGUGGUAGCAGAGUUUGAUUCACCAGGUCACACACAGUCGUGGGGUGCAGGUCAGCCUGGCCUGCUGACAGAGUGUUAUAGUGGGGGCAGUCCUGAUGGAACAUACGGACCAGUUAACCCUGUUCUCAACACAACUUACCCAUUCCUUACUCAGUUUUUCACUGAGGUGGCCACAGCAUUUCCUGACAAGUACAUCCAUCUUGGGGGAGAUGAAGUUAGCUUUAAUUGCUGGGCCUCUAAUCCAGCUAUUCAAGAAUUCAUGCGAAAGAUGUCAUUUGGAUCUGACUAUGCCAAGCUAGAACAAUACUACAUGCAAAAUUUACUUGAUAUUAUCAACUCUCUAGAUCGUGGCUACAUCAUCUGGCAAGAAGUUAUCGACAAUGGUGCAAAGGUCCGACCAGACACAGUAGUUGAGGUAUGGAAGGAUUCCUGGGAAGAGGAAAUGGCUAAAGUUACCAGCAUGGGUUAUAAAACUCUGCUUGCUACCUGCUGGUACCUGAAUUACAUCAGCUAUGGAAGUGACUGGGAGAAUUACUAUGCGUGUGAUCCACAAAAAUUUAAUGGUACAGCAGAUCAAAAAGACCUGGUAAUUGGUGGAGAACUUGCUAUGUGGGGAGAGUAUGUUGACAAUACUAAUGUUCUUGCAAGACUCUGGCCACGUUCAUCAGCUGUCGCAGAAAGGCUUUGGAGUCCAGCAGAGCUGAACAUGCCUGCAUUAGCUGCACCCAGAUUGGUUGAACACCGCUGUCGGAUGAUUAGGCGUGGUAUCCCAGCUGAACCUGUGACUGGACCAGGUGUGUGUAGAGAGGAGUAUGAAGGAUGAUAUUUGUGACCUGCGACCUCGUACCUAAACAUUCCAGCCUUGUACUUACACUUCAAAGCAAGAUUUAAAUUUAUCUUUUUGUAACCAGACAUUUUGGUGUUAAUUUCUACUCAGUCCUGUUGAUAAUGCAAUUAUAAUACAAAAUGCUUGCCUGUGGGUUUGUAGCUUGCAGGAUCGUGUAGCUUUAACAAAACUCGUUUUCAUUUACAUGGUCAUUUUGGAGUAAGCCAAAAUUCAGUGGCUUAUUUACAUUAAUAUGGUUAUUUUUAGGACCAUCUAAAAUUGUUUGUAUUGACUCGCUUCUAGUGUAAAUAGAAAUUAACAAAAUGACUACAAAAAUACAUCAAACAUCAGAAAGCUAUACUGAACUGUUCUUAAGACCUCAUUUGUGUAUUGAACUAGCAUAUCUAUUUUUUUAUUUUGUCACAUUGUGAAAGAUACUAGACUGUCAAAUUAGGUAUCUUCUAGCCAUGUUUUACAUGAUGUGAAUUGAGUUCAUAUCAUUAUCUACAUAUUUAAACAUUGUUGCAUUUUUUUAUAUCAAAUUGUACUUCACUGGUUUAAUGUGGGGCUGGUAUGCUUAAGUUGAAAGUUUAAAUGCUGUGCAUUUUGUGAUGGCAUGCAUCUCAACCACUAGAUUGAAGAAUCUAGAAUCCACAUUCAGAAUUUCCCAUGAAAAGCUUUGGCUUUGCUAACAAACUUGCAAAAUCUGUAUGCUAUUGACUGUUGGUGUUAAAGGACAGUCCGAUUUCUUGCACCCUGUAUGUAAGAGAUGAUAUUUAAUUAAGCACAUGAUUCCACUAGCAA